CCGAACAUGUCUGCCGCGUGAGAGUGAUUUGGAGGGUUGGUGUUGGGCACUGCGGAGUAAAGCAGAUCGCAACGUGGAGAUGCCCAGGCGGCGGGCCUGCAAACACGGCAAACACCGCUAUCGUUAUCGCGAUUGCUUUUAUCGCCGCGUCUUUACAGUACCUGCAGCUGCAGCUGGAGAGCGAUCGGUUUUUGGUUUUUUGCUUUACUUCAUCAUGGCGCGAGAUCCUAACGCAGAGGUUGCGCCUCCAGAGGUGCACCACUACGACGAUAUCAGCGAAGUGCCCUGGGAUAUUCAGAACUACUGGGCGCAACGAUACAAGAUCUUCUCCAAAUAUGACGAAGGAGUGUGGCUGACAGAUGAUGCCUGGUUUGGUGUCACCCCAGAACCCGUCGCCAACAAGAUAGCGGAACACAUGGCCAACUCCGCACCCGCCGGACGCAGCAUCCUGGUGGAUGCAUUCGCCGGCGCCGGUGGAAACUCCAUUGCUUUUGCGCUGUCUGGCAAGUGGAAGCGCGUCUACGCUAUCGAGAAGAAUCCCGCCGUGUUGCAGUGCGCAAAGCAUAAUGCCAAGAUCUACGGCGUGGCAGACAAGAUUACCUGGUUUGAGGGGGAUUGCUUCGAAAUCAUCAAGAGUCAACUCAAGGACUUGGCUCCGUACAGUGUUCUGUUCGCCAGCCCACCCUGGGGCGGACCCGGAUAUCGCUCUGACACUGUCUUCAAUCUGAGCACCAUGGAACCGUACUCCCUCGCAACCCUAUACAACGAAUAUUCUCUCUUCACGGAGCACAUGGUACUCUUUCUCCCACGGACAUCGGACGUGAAGCAGAUGGCCAAGGUGGUCAAGGAUGGCCAGAAGGCAACGGUUAUGCAUUACUGCAUGGAAGGUGCAAGCAAGGCAUUGUGUGUCUAUUAUGGUGGAUUUGAUCUCCAAUAACUGCUUUUUGUUCUUUUCUUUUUCUGCCGGGAGCUUAUUUGAACCUCAUCUGGAAGCGCCAGAUGUCAUGCCCUUUAGUGUAUAAUAACAUGGUUACCAUGCUUCAGGAAUACCUAAUGAGAU